AUGGAGCUGCUGCAAGUCCAGCAGAUCACUGUGGAGAACUUGGUGGGAUGCCGCUUGAAUGGCAAAGACCUGUGGAUCCCGAAGGUGAAAGAUGUUGGUGGAUUGCGCCUUAUGUACCUCGGUAAGUGGGAUCGAGGCCUCACUCGCUUCUUGACUGGGAAGAGUUUAGACCUGAGGAACAAUGCCAAGAAUCUGAACUCCACAGCUGCUGGAGCCUACCUGGAUGACUUGUUUUUCAAGAAGAAGGAAGCAUCUCAGGCAGCUGUCUUGAAAGCUCAUGAGUCUGCCCAUGAGUCUGAUGCUGGCCAUGAAGCCAAGGCCAAGGGCAAAAAGCGCAAGGUCACUGAUGACAUGAGUUGUUUCGUCCAAGAUCCAUGGAUGCCAGAGCGACUGGUCCAGGUGGAGUUUGGUGGCCAGCCGGAUCUCUGGAUGGAAGUGCAUGAGACAAGCUUGCGUCAAGUGGUCCAAGGGAUUGCUGCAUGCAAUUCCAAGUGCGGCCGUGCUCGAACCUCGAAAUCUGAGAAGAUCAAGCCUGAGCCGGUUUUGCCACUUUCCCCUGCGGUGAAGAAGGAAGUCCAGGAGAUUUCUGAGAGUCCUGGUGCCAAGUCUGAAUGCAGCCCUGGUGAUGUCAAGGAUGAGUCAUGUGAACAGAAUUCGACUCCCUUGGCGGAGCUUGCUGAGGGUUUGGAUACUUUCCCAUACGACAGCCAUGAACAGAACCUUCGAAAGCACAUUGGCGGAAGCUGA